UUUUUUUCCUGCCAUUCCAUCUCUGCUUCCUUCUACCAUGGCGCCAAAAAAGGUCAGCUACACAUUUCUCAACCGAAAAAUCUUUCUCUCCGAAAGGAGCAAGGCAAUCCUGACCGACCUGCUUGACCAGGCACAAAAGAGAGAUCCAGACGCGAAUGAUAUGUAUAUUUACAAUGAUUACUACUCAUACACUCUGAACAACAAAGUCAAGAAGAAAGCCUGGAACGACGCGAUGGACCUCCUUGAGGCGCUUACUCUCUUUUUCGACAUGGAGGAUUCGUGGCCAAUGUGCGAUGACGGCAAACGUAUCACGCACACCGACAAAGCAUACGGCUCGUUAUUAAUCACGGUCCUCCGCGCGCUGAAACAAGACGGCCGCCUUGACACGACCAAUUAUCCCAGUCUCGAAACCCUUCUGAAAUACGCUGUAGGCUGGGGCGAAUCGGUACCGGUAAAUACUGGAUACAGCGGUAUCUGCAAGGCUAUUGGCUAUCGGCUGUUCAAGAACAAGACGGCAGAGCAGGUGGCGUUGGAAAAAGCGCGUGUGGAUGAGUGGAUGAAGGGGCUGGAUAAGGAAACCAGGAAGAGGAUGGAGGAAGAGGAUGAUGAGGACGACGAGGACGAUGAUGAUGAUGAGGAAGGCGGUUGGUUCCAAGGGGGCAACAAAUGCAACGAGGACGCGACGAUUAAGAACCUUGUUCUAUCUCGCGCUUGGAAGGAUUACAAAGACUAUCUCCGUGGAGUCCCGUCGCGCCCGAUGAAAGGUCCGGGUGAGUGGGACAUCAGUAAGUGGACCUACGAGCAGAAGAAGCCGUUCCUAUUCAGCGAAAUGGAUAUAUAGGACCUCGGCCAUCAUUCUGUUGUUCGUAAUAUCCUAGACCUACUCAUAACUCCUCGUGCUUUAGAAUUUGGUAUAUUAGUCUUACUCCAUCGCAUUGUACAAUACUUUU